AUGAUGAACGGGGACGAGGCGAGGAGAUUCGGUGAGAAGUCGCUGGCAGAUGUUCAAGUUAUGGAUUUGAACUCGGUACUCAAAUCUCUCCGUCUAGUCCAUCCAACCAACAACCAAAACGCCUACUUCAACAUCCCCCCCCUCGACUCUCUCCUCCCCCCUCCCUCCACCCACCCCCCAAUCCUCACCCUCAUCUCCCCACCCUCCCACCACCAACCCUCCGGCUCCGGAAAAACCUCUUUGAUAACCCUCAUCAUCGCGACCGCCCUCUCAACCCCCUCAAACGCCAUAAUCCUCAUCGAUCCCCUCCGCCACUUCAACAUUCCGCUCCUCUACACCACUCUCCUCUUCCUCCUCCUCUCCUCCACCCCGCACCCCCGCCCCUCACCCCCCGCUUUGAGAGAAAGGGUGAAAAACGCAUUACAACACGUCCACAUCUUCCACCCCCAAACCUACCCCUCUCUCCUCUCAACCCUCCGCUCCCUCCCUGCCUACCUCUCCAAUCCCUCCUCACACACCAGCACCCAUCGCACCAUUCACGCCCUCAUCCUCGAAGACACUCACGUCUUCCUUCCCUCUUUACCCCUUACAUCCACAGUAGCAUCCGCAUCAGCGACGCUAUGCUUUCACCUUACGAACCUCGCGAGACUGCUUUCCUGCGCGCUGGUAACGAGUAGUUGUUCGACGAGUGCACGGUACUACAGGCCGGCGAUGCUGCUGAGCUGGGGGAGGGACAUGGGUGAAGUACGGAUUGCGCUGAGGAAAGUGGAGGGGAGCAAGGUUGGGGCGGGGAUGGGUGUUGAGGAGGUUGAAGGGGGGGACAAGGCGGAGAGGAGGGAAUGGUGUCAAGGGUGCAAGGUUGGGAGUGGGAAUCAAGAGGGGGGUAAAGGGUUCGUGAUUAAGAUUGGUAACGGUGUAGAGAUAGAGGACAAUCGUAUAUGA